AUGCAAGAACCUAGGACUAACCCUAGACAUGAAGCUACAAUGGAAAGCACACACAGAGGAACUCCAACAGAAGGUAAUAAAAACAGUGAACGCGAUGAGCUGCCUGGGAGGCUCAACAGGGGGCAUCAGCCUCUCGGAUAUGAGGACCACCUAUACUGGCACCGCCCUACCCAACUAAUGUACGCGUGCUCGGUAUGGUUACACGCCAACACGAAGAAGACACUCAACACCCUGAAAGCCAUCCAGGCAAGAGUAGCAAGAGCUAUAUGUGGAGCAUACAAAGUCACAUCGAGAGCCACGCUAGACAUCAAAGCGUACCUCCUCCUUAUCGAACAGCAGUUAUGGAAACACAACACAAACACCAUCACCCGGCUCCUCUCGAGCCAGGAAAUACUAGACAGACCAGAGACACACAUAGACGACGACGCCGAUAAAGCCCGUAGCCGGCACGACAGAGAAAACGACACAGAACAGGACCUCAGCAUCUACACGGACGGUAGCGGAAUCAAUGGCCAGAUCGGCGUGGCAGCGGCGUGCCCGAUCCUACAACAAAUACGCAGCGUGCACAUGGGAAUGGAAACGACCUCGACAAUAUAUUCUGCCGAACUCCGCGGGAUAAGUGCACUGCAGAUAGCAAGGGAGUACGCAGAGCGAAACAGAAGCCGCCAAACAGUCGCUGUCGACGCAGACAACCAGGCCGCUAUUACGUCUACAGCCUAA